UUUAUUUAUUUUUUAAAAAAUACACAUUUUAUUUCUAGCACAAAUAUAUAGUUUGAACACUGCUAAUAUUAUACAGAUAACGUGUUGAAAUGGAAGGAGGACGCUGGCCUUACAAAUACAUUGCUCUAGUAUCUGUCUUCUACUCAUGCUGCCUAGUAUUUGUGACUGGCAUAGAAAGGCGAUAUGUGAAUGAAUGGGCAGUAGAGAUUCCGGGCGGUCCCGAAGAAGCAGAGUUAUUAGCACUUGAACAUGGCUAUAAAUUGCUUGGCCAGAUUGGAUCACUUAAAAAUCACUAUUUAUUUAAGCUACCAGUACAUCCGAGGAGAUUGCGGAGAAGUGCCCCACACAUUACAAAGCGGCUAGCUGAUGAUGACCGGGUGUCAUGGGCAGAACAGCAGUAUAUUAAAGAGAGGAGUAAGCGCUUUUCCUCCAGGGCAGACACAGAGAAUCUAUUCAAUGAUCCUAUGUGGAGUCAUCAGUGGUAUUUGCAAGACACAAGAGCCAGCCCAUCUUUACCCAAGUUGGACCUUCAUGUUAUCCCAGUAUGGAGAAAAGGAAUAACUGGAAAAGGCGUUGUUGUAACUGUACUCGAUGAUGGUCUUGAAUGGAAUCAUACAGAUAUCUAUGCAAAUUAUGAUCCAGAAGCAAGUUAUGACUUCAAUGAUAAUGACAAAGACCCCUUCCCACGAUAUGACAUUACAAAUGAGAACAAACAUGGCACAAGAUGUGCGGGAGAAGUUGCAAUGAUUGCAAACAAUAAGAAAUGUGGUGUUGGCGUGGCAUACAAUGCUAAAGUAGGAGGGAUUCGGAUGUUGGAUGGCGUUGUCACCGAUGCCAUUGAAGCAAGUUCUAUUGGAUUUAAUCCACAGCAUGUAGAUAUUUACAGUGCUAGCUGGGGACCAAAUGAUGAUGGAAAAACUGUAGAAGGCCCUGGGAGACUGGCCCAAAAGGCCUUUGAGUAUGGCAUCAAACAGGGGCGGAAUGGAAAAGGUUCUAUCUACGUCUGGGCAUCUGGUAAUGGAGGCCGGCAAGGUGAUAACUGUGACUGUGAUGGGUACACGGACAGCAUAUACACUAUCUCUAUCAGCAGCGCCUCCCAGCAAGGACGCUCUCCCUGGUAUGCUGAGAAAUGUUCCUCCACACUGGCCACAGCGUACAGCAGUGGAGAUUACACCGAUCAGAGAAUAGUAAGUGCUGAUCUACAUAAUGAUUGCACCGAAACACAUACAGGGACCUCCGCUUCAGCACCAUUGGCUGCUGGGAUCUUUGCUCUCGCUCUAGAACAAAAUCCUAAUCUCACAUGGAGGGAAAUGCAACACUUGGUAGCCUGGACAAGUGAGUAUGACCCGCUGUCCAAUAAUCCUGGAUGGAAGAAGAAUGGAGCGGGACUCAUGGUAAACAGUCGGUUUGGGUUUGGGCUGCUCAACGCUAAGGCACUUGUGGAUUUAGCAGAUCCUAAAACUUGGAAAGGGAUCCCUGAGAAGAGAGAGUGCAUUGUUCAAGACAGCAAUUUCUCCCCCAGACUUUUAGGAUCAGAAGAUGAAAUCACAAUUGAAAUUCCCACAAAGGCAUGUGAAGGCCAAGAUAAUUAUAUAAAGUCUCUGGAACAUUUGCAACUGGAAGUUACUAUAGAUUACACUCGUCGAGGAGAUCUUCACAUUACACUAAUUUCACCAUCAGGAACCAAAACCGUUCUUUUGACUGAAAGAGAAAGAGACACUUCCCCUAAUGGUUUUAAAAAUUGGGCCUUUAUGUCAGUUCACACCUGGGGAGAAGACCCGGCAGGCGUCUGGACUGUCAAAAUCUCUGAUUUGUCUAGAAGAAAACAAAAUGAGGGAAAAAUUGACAGCUGGAGGCUAGUUCUGCAUGGAACAUCGACCCGUCCAGACCACACGACCCAGCCAAGAGUCUACACUUCCUAUAAUGUUGUUCAGAAUGAUCGCAGAGGUGUGGAGAAAGUAGGAGACAAUGACACGGAACCCGCCAAUGAUAAACUACCUACUGUGAAGCCUACUUCUCAUGAAAGUGAUGAAAUGGAAGAUGUUGUGAAAUCAAAAGCUAUUUUACACCUUCUGAAGAAUGCUUUUGACAGAGAAGGACCUCCAUAUGAAGAGGAAAUUACUGAAAUUCCUAAGAACCAUUAUUAUUAUGCUCUGAAUAAAAUAAGCAAGCAGCCAGAUGUAAAUGACAGAGACAACAAUCUAUACAAUGAAUAUAUUGAUCGAUUCUAUAAAAAGAAAAAUUACAAGCAUAGAGAUGAUCUUUUACUGCAAGCUCUUCUGAAUAUUGUGGAAAAGGAGUCGUAGAAUUAAUUAUCCUUAACAAUGUUGGAAACAUGCCGCCGCCCUUUAUAUUUUGAUUUUGCAAGCCUAGAUUUUCAUGAAAAUGCCAAAAAUUAGCAUCAUAAACAUUCUGUAUGCACAACCAGGAAACAGUCAAGCUGCCAAGUUAGUGUGGAAGAACUUGUACAUAGUCAAUGAGGAAAGCAACAUACUAAUUAUAUAUGCAGGUAUAGAAAAUAAUAGUAAUUCUAAACAAUCCUUGGGACAAGGGACAUAACUAAACGUUGAUGGGCCCUAAAACAAUGAUUUCAAAGGACCCCCAUGUAUCAAUAAGUAGUAAAAACUCAAAUGUAUAUAUGGGGCUAUGACUGAGAAGGUGGAUUCCCCCUCAGCUGUGGACCUCCUAGAAGCUGUAGCCUCUGCACCUAUAACACUGAUACCAAUGUUGUGAACGUCUGACAUUAAGAUUUAUGGAUAUACUCCUUUUGAAAUUCACACAAAUUAGUAAUUCCCUGGGUGUCAUAACAAAGACAUUGGAGGAAUAUUUUUGAAAACUGGUGCACAGGGAAUAGUAUAUAAAAACAAAAACCUGUCCUUACCCAACUCAACAAAUUGACAUUCAUUUGCUUUAUGUGCCAGUAAAAUGAGAUCUACAAGCUGAUUGGUUGUUAUUGGCUACUCCUAAUUUUUAGUGCUGUCCACUAGUUUUCAGAAAUGUAUCUCAUUAUGUAAUCCUGACAACAGUAGAAAGGUACACGUGUGUUUACAUGAAAUUGUCCUUGAACAUACAUUUCACCAGCAUUUAAGUCCAGUCAGGCAGUGAACUAUAAACAGAGGCUUCAACUCUACUGUAUUCAGAACAGAAUGUUGGGUUCAGGGGAUAUCAGAGGCUUUGCAUGGAGUGAACCCAGCAUUAUUAGGACUCACUCAUGUCGGUGCCCCAUAGCUGACACAUGUCUUUUGCACCCCCUGUAAUGUUACUACUGAGUCUAGUCAACCCCCAUUACAGAUGUAAGUCUUCUCCAUUGAAACUGGUCCCUGGUUUGGUGAAAAUUAUCUUGAUGUUCCAGUGUGGUACAAAAUGUUGAUGUAAAAUGUCAUCAUUGUCUGAACAUCGACAUGUCAAAUGUUGACAUUUACAUAAUGCCUUCAUUGUCAGAAUGUCGGUAUGUCAACAUAGUGUUUGUGUAAGUAGAGUAGCCCUAACCAUAUAUCCUGCCCUAAUGCUAACCCUAACUGCUGACAUUGCGCCUGUCAACAUUAUGUCCAUGUUGACAAACUGAAUUUCAACAUAAUUACCGCAUAGCCUAUGACUAUACUGUGAUGAUUUUUGAAUAUACCAUUUUUGUUUUUAGUUAAAGUACUUUCAAUUUCUUUUUCUUUUUAACAAGUUAUUUGGCAGAAACUUAUUUUAUUUUCCUAUAUUUAAUCAUUUGUUUCUUGGAGCUCGACACCAAUCUCAAUUAACACUUAAUUUACACUUUUUUCGUGACCAUACUGUUGAUUACUUAUUUCUCUUCCAAAAGAAACUGCGACAUUGAACUUUUUAUUGAUUCAAAUAUAAUUCAAUCUGUAUCAAAAAUAAUUACAAAAUAAUAUAAAAACUUGUUCAAUUGUAUGUAAGAAUUCUAGAAAUUGCUGAUAAAAUGAUCAAGGUUAUAAUGCAUAGACAUGGGAAACUAUAAUUUAAUAUUAAUGCUUUUUUAAAUCACAACAAUACAUCCAAAUGUUCUUUGUUAUACAAUGUACUUAUUUUUUAGGACAAAUAUAUUAUCAGUAACAGUUUUAAUUUUAAAUUGUUACUUUUUUUAAAAAUGUCAUGCAGUGUCAUCAUCACACAACACUUUGUAAUAACAAAAAAAAUAUAUUGACAUAACAAAAUGUUUGGUCCCCUCCUGAAAUAAAUUAACAAAGAAUACACACUGUAGUAAAGAUAUACAAAGAGUAAUGAUGCCAGAAAUAUAAUUUUUAAUAAUGUGCUACAUAUAGUAGGUCUUGAAAUGUCUUUUGCCCCCUCCGGUAGUGGGGUAAUAUAAUUAGUUAAUUAAAUCUGCAGUAUUUUUCUAACACAAUCAAUCUAUAAUAUAUAAAUAUAUGAAAUAUAUAUAUUCUUUUUGACAUUUACAUUAUUUAUUAUUUACCGUAAUAAUUUAUAGAUUAUAUCAUUCAAUUAACAGUAGUAUUUGUAUGAUAUUUCAAACUGAAUUUGACUAUUUUUUACAUCAAAAUAUUUUUUUCUGGUAAUAUGUUAGUAAAAGUUUUAAAGAUUUGUCCACUCUUGCUAACUUUUUAAUAUCAAAGUGUAAUAGAAUUGACCCCCCAAAAAAGUAACUUAACAUCAAUGGGUUUGAAUGUCACAUUCGGUAGAGACAUUCAUGCUCUGAAUUUCAAACCCACAGAUAUUAGGCAAAUAAUACAGAGGUAUGUAUUUGCUCUGGAAUAUUCUACUAUACCUACCUGCUUUGGGGUAUAAGGUGUAUUUGAGAUGAUAAUGGAUGAUAUCAUGUACAUUAGUAUUUUAAAAAGUUUUGUCAAAAGUGGGUAAAUCUCUCAUGAUAACCAGUUUGCUGUACAUACAACCUGAAAAUAAUUCAUAUCCAAUAACAGAGAUUUUAUGUAGUGGACUUUGUUUAUAUUCACCCUGUAUACCAGCACAACCGAAUAGACAUGAUAUAGUAGCACUAGUGCCUCCAACUGGCUAACUGUAUUACCUCGCAGUGUUAUUUUCAAUAAAGUGCAGAUAUUGUCUACUCCUGGUGAUGAGAUCCAUUUUGUUAGCUUAUCACUUGUAUAGCUAGAAACCAAUAACAUGUAUUAUUAACAUUUAUAUAGUGCUAGUACUGUAUUAAGAGAGAGAGAGAGAGAGAGAGAGAGAGAGAUAAAAGGACCCUGCUCAAAAAUCUGUAAGGGAAUAUUAAUUUAAUACACGAGGUUAAGUGCAACCUACAGCAUGCUGAUCCAGCUAGAUUGCAGAUGGUAGAAAAUGUUUAUUGGGCUGUAUGAUCCAGUCAUACAGCAGUUUUGGUAGCAAUUUUGCCUGGGGGGUAGAGGGUUGUUUGAGCAUAGAAAGAAAACAUGUAAGUUUUGUUUGAACUGUGUAGUGAGGAGGUAAUUGGGUAGAAUAUCUUAUGGAGGUUAUGUGGGUGCUUUGGAAAUUUUCUAAGCUUGACUAAAGAGAGGAGUUUUCAGGGAAAACAAAUAUUUGGAGGCUAGAAGAAAGUCUUGUUGCACAGAGUAGGUGCAGCCUGGAAAAGAUUCUGUCAUCAGGAAUGGGAGUAGGUGAUGAAUUUGGAUGGAAGGUGCAGAUCUUGUGCAAAGGGGAUGGGUCAAGUUGACAGUUUGAGACAAGUGAUUUAUGUUGAUUUAGUCUUGUUUAUGUCCUCAUAUGUUAGUAGAAACAGUAGUUUAUAUUGGAUUCAGUAAAGUACAAGGUAGCCAACAUAAGGACUGAUAAAGUGUAGCAACAGUAGAAGAACAUUUUGCAAGGGGAAAUCAAUCUUGCCGAUUGCAGAAGUUUAAGUCUGUUAAGGGAAAGACUACUAAGAAGGCCAUAACAACAAUAAUAAAUUUGGAAGCUCGUGAUUGCAUGGAUUUAAGCUAUAUCACUGUUCUUUAUAACAUAUUUGCAUACUCUGGAAAUAGUUCUUAUAUGCAUGUAGCAGGAUUUGGCUUAGACUGAACAUGGGGAGCAAAAGUUCAGAGUUAUGUAUGACAUCUAGGCAGCGGGAUUUAAUGAGGGGGGUUGAUUGUUGUUGUUUUGUCAACAGAGAUUUAGUUGAUAGGUAUGGAACUUCUGUUUACUGGUGGUUAACUAAAUUUGGGAAUUAUUCGCAUAGCGGUAAUACUGAAUUCCAUUAGUAUUCUAAAAGACGUAGUAUAGAAAAGAGAAUCUGGAACUGAGCUCUGUGGUACUCCAACCUAUAAAGGAAGAGCCGAGGACGCGGAUCCAGAGAAAUGUACACUGAAAGUGCGAUUUGAAACAUAGGAUGAGAACCAGGAUAGGACAGAGGGGUCUAUAUACUAAGCCUUGGAGAGUGACAAAGUGGAUGGAGACAAAGUACCAGCCAAUCAGCUCCUGCCCAAAAAAUGAGAGCCAUUAUCCUUCAGAUACAGCAGUGCUCAAAUGAUAAACCACAUUAGUCAGUGCAGUCUCAGCAGAGUGUUGGGAACAGAAUCCUGACUGAAGAGGAGAGAAUAUUGUAGGGUGUGCGAGGCCAGAAGGGUGUGGUAUUGAAAGUCGACAGUAACUAGGUCGACAAUUUCUAGGUCGACCACUAUUGGUCGACAGUAACUAGGUCGACAGGGUGUCUAGGUCGACAGGGUCUUUAGGUCGACAGGUCAAAAGCUCGACAUGAGUUUUUAAUGUUAUUUUGGUGUCGUUUUCUUCGUAGAGUGACUGGGAACCCCAAUUAGUGCACCGCGUCCCCUCGCAUGGCUCGCUUCGCUCGCCAUGCUUCGGGCAUGGUGCCUUCGCUCCGCUACCGCUUUGCUCGGCACAGAUUACCGUUCCAAUCGUAGUCCACGUGGAUCAUUAAGUAUGAAAAGGUUCAAAAAAAGAAAAAAAAUUGUGAAAAACUCAUGUCGACCUUUUGACCUGUCGACCUAGAACAUAUCGACCUAAAGACCCUGUCGCCCUAGUUACUGUCGACCAAUAGUGGUCGACCUAGACAUUGUCGACCUAGUUACUGUCGACUUUCAAUCCGGAUCCCAGGCCAGAAAGCAUGUAAUUGCAAAGUGCCAUUGCAAAGUAACUGGUGGCUAGCAAGCCACAUUCUCAUGCGUAUUGGAUCAGCCCCAAAAAUGGCAGCUUCCACUGUGUGUAGGCAACAUGAGCACUUUAGUGGGUCACUGUUGAAAGAAAUUAUAUAUAAACUGUACAUGUUAAAAAGAAAACAAAAAUGUAAUUUUAAAUUACUGUAAAUGUUAACAAAAUGUUAUUGAAUUUAUCCAAUUUUAAAAUUACAUUAUAAAUUUUGUCAAUAAAAACAUUUUCAGCAGAAUAUAUACAUUUCAUAAAAUAAAGUCUUUCAAAAAUGGCAUGUUCCAACAAUAGUAAAAAAAUGUGAUGUGAUGUUAUAAUUUAUUUUG